GUGCACUGUAAAAUGUGUCUGAUGAGGCAACUCUGUAGUAACAGUUGUCGCGUGGCGCUCUCAUCUCACGCCAGUGGUCGUCGCUCGCUACUCUCCGUCUCUCCGUUAUCCGGGAGCGAAGGGGGGAGUGCGUUGUUUCUAUCUCCCUUCCCCAGCCCGUUCAUCUCAGCGCUUCGGUGGUGAGUUUAUGGGGAGAGUGGCCGCUCCCUGCAGCGGCCCUGGCAGGAUCGUGUCCUUUCUCACCGCGGUUCCGUGCUUAUCCUGCAAACAGGAACAGCGGCGGCGACGGCAUCAGUCUGCGGCAGCGGAACGAGGCAGCAGGAGGAGGAUGAGCGAGCAGGGAAAGAGUGCCGCGUCCACGCCUGCAAGCGGGACACCAGUCCCGGGCUCAGACACGUACAAAGGCUGGCUCUUUAAAUGGACCAACUAUAUCAAAGGUUACCAGCGCAGAUGGUUCGUGCUCAGCAAUGGACUGCUGUCCUAUUACAGGACGCAGGCAGAGAUGGCCCACACGUGUCGAGGCACCAUCAACCUCGCCACAGCGCACAUCGACACGGAAGAUGCCUGCAAUAUCGUUCUGAGCAGCGGGGGGCGCACUUACCACCUAAAAGCCAGCACGGAGGUGGAGAGGCAGAGAUGGGUCACCACACUGGAGCUGGCCAAAGCUAAAGCCAUUCGAAUGAUGAACGAUCAGUCUGACAAUGACCACCAUGCCGCCCCACCUGCACGCUGUUAUCACUCUGAUGACUCUGCAGACGAGGAGCCGACGUCUCAGUCGGACCACAGUGAGAUUCAGGGCACUCUGAAGACUUUGGCCAGUAAGUUGGACGACCUCAGCACUUGUAAUGACCUGAUAGCCAAGCACGGAGCGGCUCUGCAAAGGUCCCUGAGCGAACUUGAGGCCUUACGCGUGCCUCUGGAAGGAGGAGAGAAGAUCAAGGCUGUCAAUGAGAGAGCCACCCUCUUCCGGAUCACCUCCAAUGCUAUGAUCAAUGCGUGCCGAGAUUUCCUGGACCUGGCGGAGAGCCACAGCCGCAGAUGGCAGCGUGUACUUCAACAUGAGCGAGAGCAGCGCACCCACCUGGAGGAGACCAUCGAGCAGCUAGCCAAGCAGCACAACAGUCUGGAAAGAGCGUGGAGAGAGGCUCCCGCGCACGCUGUUAACACACCCGAUACACCCACCGACACAGGAGUGCGUGAAAGGCCGCGGAAAGAGGAGGCAAGUGAUGAAGAUGAGGAUACAGAGUAUUUUGAUGCCAUGGAGGAAUCACCUGCCUUUAUUACAGUGACUGCCACAGACCCCUCUCAACACAGACGUUCUCAGAGUAAUCUCAGCGGUGCUAGUGGAGGACACCAGGAUGACAAUUGUUCUGUGAGCAGUAAUGAUUUUUCAGGGAAAGAGGUGCAGCCUCACAGGAAGAGGCGGAGCAACAUCCCAGAGAAGCCCAACUAUUCGCUCAAUCUGUGGAGCAUCAUGAAGAAUUGUAUCGGCAAAGAGCUUUCUAAGAUCCCAAUGCCUGUAAACUUUAAUGAGCCGCUGUCAAUGCUGCAGCGUUUGACCGAGGAUCUGGAGUAUCACGAGCUGCUGGAUAAGGCAGCGCGCUGUGAGGACUCUCUGGAGCAGAUGUGUUUUGUCGCGGCCUUCUCAGUGUCCUCCUACUCCACCACAGUGCACCGAACGGCCAAGCCCUUCAACCCUCUGCUGGGAGAGACCUACGAACUGGACCGCCGGGAGGAAUUCGGCUACCAUUCCCUCUGUGAACAGGUCAGUCAUCAUCCUCCGGCAGCCGCUCAUCAUGUGACGUCACAGCGAGGCUGGUCCCUGUGGCAGGAAAUCACCAUCGCUAGCAAGUUCCGUGGCAAAUACCUCUCCAUUAUGCCUCUGGGUGCAAUCCACCUGGAGUUUCAUGCCAGUGGAAACCACUACGUGUGGCGUAAAGUCACUUCCACCGUACACAACAUCAUUGUGGGCAAACUGUGGAUCGAUCAGGCAAGAGAUAUUGAUAUAGUCAACCACAGGACCAAAGAGACCUGUCAGCUCAAGUUCUCUCCCUAUAGCUACUUCUCAAGGGAAGUUCCACGAAAGGUCACAGGGGUGGUGAUGGACAGCGAUGGCCAGGCCCACUACAUCCUGUCUGGCACGUGGGACGAUAAGAUGGAGAGUGCCAAGAUAGUCCAGAGCAGCACAAGAAACAGCAGCUCUGAGGGCAAACAAAAGACGGUCUAUCAAACGCGCCCACCCAAACUACUGUGGAAGAAAUACCCGCUACCAGAGAAUGCUGAGAACAUGUACUCUUUCUCCUCUCUGGCUUUGACGCUGAAUGAGGAAGAGGAGGGUGUAUGUGUGACGGACAGCAGGCUGAGGCCGGACCAGCGGCUGAUGGAAGCUGGACGCUGGGACGAGGCCAACGCAGAGAAACAGAGACUAGAGGAGAAACAGAGAGCCACCAGGAGGAGGAGAGAGGCCUCAAUGGCCAUAGAUGACGGACGAGAGUUUGAGGGCUACAAGCCGAUGUGGUUCCACAAAAGGAUGGAUGAAACGACAGGAGACUUGACCUUUGUUUAUAAGGGGGGUUACUGGGAGGCUAAAGAAAGACAAAACUGGAAUGAGUGUCCCGAUAUCUUUUGAAGACAUGAAACAUUUUACUGACAGAGUAAACAGGAAAAUAAUCCUUCAACAAAGCCUUGCGAUGGCCACUGAGGUUGUGAAAAACUGCACUUAUUGAAACUCUUAAAGCGAGCGUGUGUUUGUGUGCGAGCGUGUGUGACGUAUAUCUUCACCUGACUCUUAAACAGACUUGCGCAGGAGAAGGGAAGAACAGGACCCGAGUUCUCUCUCAAGUUCACCUCAAAGAUGAGUGAGUCGGAGAAACGCGUAGAUCUUCUAGCCAAGUGCCGCCCACUUUAUCUUCCAAAGCGAAAUCAGGUUGUUUUUAUUCUGUACAGCCCCUUCACAAAAUGCACUUUCCCCCUACUUCCAGCAUUACUGGAGUAUAAACAUGAGACUCAGUCAUGUUUAUAAUUAGAUCAUAUCAGAGACGCUCUUACUCAUUCCCUGCUGGCCUAGAAACUCACCGAAACAGGAAGAAGAGGAAAGUCAGAUGCUGCUGCAACAUAUGGAUAACAUUUAUGUGAAUUGUUCCACUUAGUGUACUUCCUUAAGGAAAUUUUCAUAUCAACAAUACUACCAUAUUUGGGCAAAGGAAGUUCUUGUUCACAUAUCCCAGAGAAUUAAGGGGGCACGGUUGUUGGAAUUGUUUAUUGGAGAUAUUUUACCUGGCCCUUCCCACUUUGCAUAUGCUAAGGAUCAACCUUUGAAAAAGCCAUUGCAGGCAUGGUUUUAACGCCUGAUUUGACACAAACCUUCAAAAAUGCUUUGAAUCCAUGAAGGUGAAUUUCAAUUGUCACAGCUGCGUCCUGCAUUGCUCAGCGGAGCCUCUCAGUGGUCAUUCUCCAUGUUACUGUGACUGCCACAGUACAAUGCAUAUCAAUGCAAUUAAAAAUACCUUUUUGUACAAUCAGGAUUCUGAAUGAAUGAAUGACUGAUUAAACAAAUAGACAUAGCAAGCGUCCAAAUGUAAUGCAGAAAUGAGUGAAGAUGCUUUGUGUAAGUCAUUUACUCAUUAGAAAUGCUUGUAUUUAUUAGCGGUAGAGAUAGCGGAUUAGAACAUGAUCACGCGCGUGUUCCCAGCGAAGGCGAUUCGUAUCUGUUAUUUUACAAUGUGGUGCUGCUGUAGAAAAGCACAUUGUAUAUUCUCAUCUAAUUGAACUGUUGAAUUCAGUUCCCAAUAAGAUAAUGUAAGAUCAGACAUGUUUUCUAGCAGUCAUAAAACAUCAGUUACAAAAAAAUAAAUAUUAUAGUUUUAUUACAGCUGUGCACUUUGGAAUUAUGUAGAUGCAAUACAAACCUGUUUCUUAAAGGAAUACUCCACCCAAAAAUGAAAAUUCUAAAAUUUAAUCACCCUCAAGUUGUUCCAAACCUGCAUAAUUAUUAUUUUUUGUUCUGUUGAACACAAAGAAAGAUAUUUGGAAGAAUUUUAGCAACUGACAUUUCUGGGACAUCAUUGACUACCAUAGUAGAGAAAAUUAAAAUGGUAGUCAAAGGUGCCCCAGAACUGUUUGUUUUCCUACAUUCUUAAAAAUAUCUCAUUUGGUGUUCAACAGAACAAAAAAGAUACAAUAAUUCUUCCUACUGUGGUAGUCGAUGUCCCAGCAAUGUCAGUUGCUAACAUUCUUCUCUUUGUGUUCAUCAGAACAAAGACAUUUAUACAGGUGGUUUGGAGCAAAUGAUGACAUAAUUUUAACUUUUGGGUGGAGUAUCCCAUUAAGUUAGAUAAACUCUGAAUCAAAUCCUUGGUAUUUCGUAUGAACAUGAAAAGAAAUCCCUCGGCUCUUCAGCAGAUGAUUCACACCAGACCUUUUUGAAGUUCUCGCUGAUUGUUCUUUUUGCUUUUGAGAAUGUAGAAUUAAGACUUUAAAUUUUAUUUUGCUCUCUUACCACUAGAUGUAUUUUGUGAUAACAAAGGUGGUUAUCAUAUUGUUAUUAUGGAAACAAAAUAAUGAUGCCAUCCUAAUAGAUGCUGUGUUUUGGUCAAAAUCUGGAUUUUAACCAAAAUGUUUAUUGUAAAUGCAUCUUUUAAUCAAAACAUGUCAGCGGGUCAAAAGUUAUUUUUUUGACGAGCUUUCAAUGUUUGAUUAAAUGUUAAUAUUAAUAUUUUGUAUUAAAACACACUGACUCAAACAUUGGCAGCAACUUUUUGUCACGUUUGAAAUUUAAGUAUGGAGAAAGGUACCAGUAAGGUCUUUGAAAUGAAGUUUCAGACAUAAUUCCUUGUUCAUAACAUACAGAUAAAUCCUCAAGACAUGUUCAGUACUAUGUGAAAGGAGAAAAGAAAAAACAUAUAUAGAUCAAGAGGUUCACAGAAUACAAGUUCAGCCUUCCAUGCUGGGUCACUAAACAAAUACAGAGAAGUUGAACCUGACUGCUGAUGGAUUGAGUUCGUUCAGUAUCUCAUAAAAUGUUUGUCAUAAGAACUAAAC